CACUGCGGUAGGCAGGGGUCGUAGGUACGUACCGUACUGUUCGGAGGCUGUCAUGAAACAGAUGCUGGCCGUCUCCCUGCCUCGUGUUUUGCCUAAUGCAAGAUUAUUCCCUCCUCGUGUUUUCCUUGCUGGCCCUUACUGAGCAUUACAGUACGUACCGCAUGUACUUGCAAGGUAUUAUUAUUUCAUACUGUAUGGUCCUUGCUACGACGAGUUCUACUACGAGUACUUCUACUUCGCUAAAGGAACAAUAAUGAGGAUAGCCUGAGUCUGCGGAGUGGAGAAAAACGUUACAGUAUUCUGAAUUAGUUCCAAAGAAUUAUCAUCGUACACAGGCAUCUUGAGAGGCUACCUCUUUCGUUACGAUCUCGACCGUAUUGCCACUGCAUGCGGUAGAAAUACCAGAGGUCCAUAACACCUCCUGAACUUAAUUUUUCUUCGAUGAAAAAAAAAACAAACAACAUUGGAGCAUUCAUUAAAUAAUGCCGUCGGCUCAUAGGUUGUCGAUGUAUCUGAAGGAUUGGGAUGAGUUUUAUGACUAUCUUUCGACGUACGGCGCGCACAUUGCUCUAUGGGCAAUCUUGAGUGCCGUAACUGUGUUUCGACGAGAAAUCAGUUGCAAUCGUUCGUAUCACGAAGACGACGAAGGAGAUACCAAUAACCAUCGAAUGAUCGACGACGAGAGAUCCCAGAUUGCUGGUCAAAAAAUGAUUGUUUCUAUUGAUAACGAAGAAAAGGAAUUGAUGACAGAGGAGCUCCUGGACGGGGCUGGGUUAUAUUGCUCGGGGAAGCCUCUUUUGAAUUUCGCCACUUUGCUUCGGCUGGGGUUCGACAAUGAUUAUAGAACUGGGAACGAAAAAAUAAACAUGAAUGGUUUCUCUGCAGAAGAUCUCCUGGAUCGCGUAGGCAACUAUGCUACGCCCGAACCAAUCAUAGCCACAAUCGCAUUUUUCAUGGUUUGGAAGAAAACGCAAGGGCUCGACAUAUCAGAACCCUUGUCUUCCCCUUUAUGUACACCGCCUCUGCCUUCGUCUCGGUAUGGCAAUGAUGGCUGUGACCCCCUGGGGAGGCUACUGCCUCCUGAUGUCCAUGUUCAAAUUGCAUCGUUUCUACAUCCGCGCGAUGUCGUGACGCUCUCCUGUGUGUCCAAGGCGUACCAUUGUAUCACGGACGACCCGAACAACGAGACGUCGGCAGCUAUAUGGAAAACACUGUGGGAUAGGGAUUUUUCAUGGAUUGUCUUCAAGUGGAAAAUUGGAAAAGAAGCACUUCAGCGGUCAAAGUGCAAACAAUGGACUUUCAGCAAAGAUUUCUAUUUUCUCUUUGAACAAUCCUAUCUAGACUAUGUUCUUGCUGGUCACAAUACGUUUCAGAGUUGCUUGGUGGGCAUUCAUUCGCAUAUUUAUGAUAUCACGCCAUUUCUGUUUAGCCAUCCAGGUAGGUUGAAUCAAGCGUAUCUAGCUUGCCACAAUUCAAGCAGUCCACAGGUGUUCUCAUUCUUGCUCCUCUUGUGCCUUUCCAGGAUCUCCCGACACUCUUAUGGUCCACAGCGGCCGCGAUGCAACAGGUUUUUUUGAUGAUAUGGGUAAGUUCGAAGAUAUAUCACACGCGUUACGAAUAGCAUUUGAUCAUAGUUCUUACCAUUUUUGUUUUCGAACUUCUACCGUAGGUCAUUCCGUCGGAGCUCGGAGACUAGCGAUGUCCAUGUGUGUCGUGGUGAAUAGAUCGGCUCAAAGCGA